AUGGAGACGGCUGGAAAGGCCAAGAGGUCAAAGAACCCGGGAUGCUGCGUCUGCGGCGACAAGGCUGCCCGUGGCUGCCCUGGCUGCGUUGAUGCCAAGGAUAAGAAUGGCGGCCAAGGAGAAAUCCAACAUUAUUGCAUUGUCGACUCGUUCCCCAUCGGCCAAGAUGGCCAUCGCCACGUGUGCGAGAAGAUGUACAAUCGUCUCUAUCUCGCGCGCGCCUCCUACCUUUGCAAAUCCAUGGUCAUCCAGGGACGCAUGAUUAUGUUCAAGAAGGCAGUUGAUGCCAUUUCAGGCGUCAUGGAUAAGCCUCACUUCCCCAUCAAGUCAGCCGAAGUCAUCAAGUUCGUGGUCAAGGACGCCAACCUGCCCAAAUACAAUAAAGGGCCCGGCAAUCCUUCCCACACCGUGUUCAAGAUCACCACCAGUGGCAAGCCCAAGGUAGAGUUUGCUUUUGACCCCAUGGCGUCUCGUCUCCAUUGGAAGAUGGACAUCCAGCGAUGGUCCGAGUACAUGGAGGCCAAAGUCCUUCGCAUCGAGCGCCGGGAGCCACUUGUCCCGGGUGGCCUUGACCGCUUUAUGAGUUUUGUCGACCGUUGCGGCCACAUGCGCAACGAGAUCAAAGGCCUUGUGGGUAAAUCCGAAGGCGGGAGGAAGGUAGGCGCUGACGAUCAUGACGUCUACGCGGCUGGCGGCGGCUCCAUGAGUUAUCUCGGAAUCCAGGACAAGGCCCAGUUCCUCAAGGGCCACCGCGAGUUUAUGACCGUCUUUAGCGCCUACGUGCGCGACUACAUGCUCGACACGGACGAUUAUAAGCACUGGGCCUACCAAUACGCCGGUAGCUAUCUUGCUUCCGUCGUCAGCGAGAUUGGCCCAGGCCACCUGACUGGUCCGAUCAGUUGCACCAACAAGCCUUGUGGCACCUGCCUCAAGUGCGUCAUGAGGAUUCUGAACGAGCGUCAGCUCGUGAAGUUUAUGCAGAGCGCCGGUGUUGUUGGCACCUGUAGCGGAGGGCAUGUUUGUGGACAUACCUGCUCUGGAGCUUGCUCCCAUGAUCUUUUCGACCGCGACCACGACCACGGCCACGACCACGACCACGAUCACGGCGCGUGUGGUUGCUGCCACCACGGCGACCACCAUUGUCAUGGCCACGACGAUGAGAGUGUUGACGGCGGUAGUUCCGCCCACAAAGACCCAGUCCAUCCUCCCACUAAUGCCGAUGGCCAAGAGGCUUGUCAAAGUGAAGAGGCCAUGCCAGGUUCUAGCAAGCAGCCCUCUGAAUCGGGCGAUACCGAGUCUGACAAGAACGAAGCUAAGUCCAAGUCCAAGCCUAAGCACAAGAACAAAGGUAAAAAGGGUUCCUCAGAGAAGCUGGUCUAG